AAAAAAAUUAAAUAAAAAUGUGUUAGGUUCCGUGACUUCUAUUUAAUUCCAUAGUUUUUUUAAAGUGAAGUUUCACACGGGUAUGUAGGUCUGAUAUUAUAUUUACUUACUCUCUAUCCUUAUAUCAGUAUGAUAGACACACACUUACAUAGUAAAUACUCACAUAUGCACACAGUAUGCACAAGCUUUGAGGCAGAAUAGAAGCUUCCCUCAGUUUACCACCCCAACCCAACCCAACCUUCCCCAUCACUUUUCAGUUCACACCCCCAGCCCCCUACUACACUCCUCUGUGGAGUUUCUGCAGGCUGAGCUAUGGCCACGCCCACCUGAGAACCAUAAGACGUGUAAUGAAAUUCCUGCCCAUAAUCCUUUGAUUUGAUAGUUUGCAUUCCAAAAGCUCCUACGGUGAGUUUAGUAAUCUGACUCCACGCUGUGGUGUUAAUAUAUUGCUUCUUCUGUCUGACCAAUUAUCUUCCUGCAUUCAGACCUAGCCAAUCAGCUUCUUCUGUCUGACCAAUUAUCUUCCUGCAUUCAGACCUAGCCAAUCAGCUUCUUCUGUCUGACCAAUUAUCUUCCUGCAUUCAGACCUAGCCGAUCAGCUUUUUCUGUCUGGCCAAUUAUCUUUCUGCAUUCAGACCUAGCCAAUCAGCUUUUUCUGUCUGGCCAAUUAUCUUCCUGCAUUCAAAACUAGCCAAUCAGCACCUUAGCUUCAGACAGAAGAAGCAAUAUAUUAACACCACAGCGUGGAGUCAGAUUACUAAACUCACCUUUUUAAGGCUGCCACUGGUGUGCUCUGGAAGUAUAAAGUAUUUGUAAUUCACCAGCACAUUUUCACUGUAUCUUUGCAUCCAAUGUGUGACCAAUUUUCUUUUUCCAAAACAGAACUGAAAACAGAAAUGUCUGGAUUUACUGAACCUUCACAACUGCGGACUUCAAUGAAGAAGGAGAUAAAAGAAGAAGAAUUUGAUGAGUUCCUACAAGAGUAUCCGUCUACAUUUAAGACAGUGGAAGAAAAGCCUAGACUCGAAUAUGAAUGCAAAACUGAAAUGAACACGUCACCCAACAUGACUUUGAGAGAAGUAAAGUAUUCACCAAUGGAAAUCGAAGAUGAAGAAGAAUUUGAUUCAAGAGAAUGUGGUGACUUAGACUAUUCACCUACAAGAGACGUUCAAAUGAUCCAAUCUAACAAAAGAGGGAACAUUGAGCAAAAAAGGAACAAAGAGAGCAGUCAUAAACGCCCCCAGACUUCAUACCAUGAAUUACAUCAGCGACUGGACACCAGGGAGAAACAAUAUGAAUGCUCCCAGUGUUUCAAAACAUUUGAAAGCCAUUCCUCUUUUGCAAUUCAUCAACGAAUACACACAGGAGAAAAGCCCAAUCAGUGCAGUACAUGUGGGAAGGCAUUUAGUCAAUCAUCUCAUCUCAAGAGACACCAGAGGGUCCAUACUGGAGAAAAGCCCCAUCAGUGCAGUACAUGUGGGCAGGCCUUUAGUUGCAUGUCUCAUCUCAAGAGACACCAGAGGGUCCAUACUGGAGAAAAGCCCCAUCAGUGCAGUACAUGUGGGCAGGCCUUUAGUUGCACGUCUGCUCUCAAGAUACACCACAAGAUCCAUACUAGGGAAAGGCCACACCAGUGCAGUACAUGUGGGAAGGCCUUUAGUCAAUCGUCUCAUCUCAAGAGACAUCAAAGGAUCCAUACUGGGGAAAAGCCACACCAGUGCAGUACAUGUGGGAAGGCCUUCAGUAGAUUGCCUCAUCUCAAGAGACAUCAGAGGAUCCAUACUGGGGAAAAGCCCCAUCAGUGCAGUACAUGUGGGAAGGCCUUCAGUACAUUGUCUCAUCUCAAGACACAUCAGAUGAUCCAUACUGGAGAAAUGCCCCAUCAUUGCAGUACAUGUGGGCAGGCCUUUAGUUGCAUGUCUGCUCUCAAGAAACACCAGAGGAUCCAUACUGGGGAAAAGCCGUAUCAGUGUACUUUAUGUGGAAAGUAUUUCAGGGUAAGCUCCAACUUAUCCAAACAUCAGAUUACACAUACAGGAGAAAAGCCACAUCAGUGUUCUAAGUGUGGAAAGACCUUUAGUCAAAUGUCACAUCUCAAGAGACACCAGAGGAUCCAUUCAAAUGAUGUGCUGCCCUGCUAAUACAUGGAGUAUCUCUAACUGAAUUAUUUCUUGAAUAGCUGAGUUUUCAACAACAUUUGAUGUACAAGGUGAAGUAUUAUUUGAUCAUAUUUGAAACUUGUGUUGGGGUAGAGUUUGAAACAUAAAUUGUUAGGGUACAUGAAUCCAAUAAAACAAAAACUUGAA